GUAGCCAAAGAAUUAUAUCCAGCGUUGAUUAACACGCAGUAAAUUUCAACCGGUUCCUCAUGGCAAAAGCAACCUUUCUGUUUUUCGGUGCUGUGGUUUUAACUUUUUUAUUCAGGAAUUUGGAGGCAGUGAGUCCGGGAGGGUAUGUUUUAUCUUUUAUUCUGUAAUUGAUUACAUUUGAAUAUUACUAUAUCCUUUAAUUUAUUGUGAUUUAGUUUUCCGUAGUAUAGCACCAUUUUAAAUGAGAAAAUACUGUGAGAUAAAGCCAUCGAGCGUUUCAAUAUAAUUAUCUCCUUGUUUUCUUCUCUUCUUAAUUUAUCUUUCUCUUUUGGUGCAUGUAAGCCUAGUUUCGAUUUUGUCGUUAACUGCCGUGAACAUUUAUAGUGAGUUUAAGCCUUACGUUUGAGAUCUAAUUUCCUGGCUUCAUGUUUAAUUUUCUUUGUUACGUGAAAAGGAUCAUUCUUCAUUAUACACUUUGAAAAUAACAAGUCCAUUUAAUCCUUACGGAAUACGUAUAAAUAUACAAAUCGAGGUGUUUCCCAAGACUGGAUGAACACAAAAGGUCGCCCUAUAUGGUGCUGGCAAAAAAUUUAAAUCAAAAGUCCAACAGGAUUUCAAAAGGUCUCUAGCUCCUUUUAUAUUAUUGUAUUUUAACUAUAUUUCCAUUGUAGAUAUUUUUUGAGUAAAUAUAUUCUAUUCUAAUCUACUCUUUGCUUUUUUUGCGUAAAAUGCGUAUGAACGCAAAGCUUAAAGUGACCGAUCUAAUAAUUAAGUGUUGAUGAUUUGAUUCUCUCUAUAUAAAGCCAGUUAAUUGAAACUGAUUUGUAUAAAGCGCACAAAGGACGAUCUAGAUUUUAAAUGUCGAACAUGACUUUGUCGCAUUAACAUUUACGAUAGAAUCGUCUAAGACUAUGCAGCUUUCCCAGCUUGCAUGUGUUUUAUCCCAUUCAUUUCCCUGGCUAUGUCAUCGAAAACAGACUUUAUAGGGCGACAAAUAUAAGCUGGGUUUAAAAAACUUUAAUUCUGUACUGAAGUGAAGCAGAACGUGUUUGGGCAUGAGCAACAUUUUAGGAAAUAUUAAUUCUUAAUGCAUGUAUUAGCAAUUAUCAUUCUGGUCUUCAGUUACAAUAAUAUAAUUGGUUUGAACGUAUUCGAUAUGAUCAAUUUCACCCCAAGCAGGAUUUUCCGGUGACAGUGAUCCCAUGCAGCGUCAAACUGACGGUUUGAAGAUUUUGAAGUUCGCUAACGUAUACUCUUUGCCCUAUAUUUUUACCGGCGCCGAACGGUCAAUAAAUGUCGUCAACUGCAUGAAACAAACAAACAAACAAGGGUAGGUACCAGGCAUUUUAUAAAAUUAUAAUUCUUAAGAAAUUAUUGUGUUUAUGGAUUGUACGUUAUUUAAAUGUUUUUAAAAUAUGUAUAUAUGCCAGUUUCAUUUAUACGGCUGCAGAUUAUUAGCUAAUAAGGAGUUUAAGCUUCACGUUUCCAGGAACGGCAAACGGCAGGUUCGAACUUUCUGGGCAAAAUAUUCGUUGAACGUUUGCGUUUCAUAUUUUCUUUGUUGCGUCGAAAGAAUAAUUAUGUAUUUCAGUUUUAAAACAGCAAGUUCAUUCACUCACCGUAAAAAUUUUCCUUGCCAGGCGUUCGCCGUUUGACGUAUAACGCGAAGCUUAAACUCUCUAAUACCGCCAUAUGUAAGAGAUCGAAGUGCAUAUUUUCAGCUCAGCGGGAACUAAUAGACGUAUCUGCUCCACCAAAUGCUUUAGCAAAAAUUGGUAUAAGAUAUCGUACAUCCUUCAUUGGUCAGUUUAUUCGAAUGAAGCAUUUUGUAGAAAGCAUUUUUGGUAUGAGGCGAACGGUAAUCAAAUAUUAUCAGUAAGCUUCUCGAAUGUUCAAUUCCCAUGCAAAUAUUCCAGUAUAUAGCUAGUAUGCAAUCAUGCAAAAGAGAACAAAAAUAGAUUUCUAAAAGAACUGCUUCCAAGAAAGCGAUUCGUUUCCAAGUAAUUGUAUAUGGCUAUAAAAUACAAACUUUGCCAGUUAUAUAUGAGUCGUACAUGCAUUUGCGGUUUGUGAUAGUGAAAAAUAGCUAAUUGCUGUUCUACCUUCCUGUUUCGACGUUUUUGCUGAUAAAUUGCAACGCAGCGAGUCGUACGUUUUCCGAUCUAUUCACUAGCUUAUUAUUAAAGUUCUUGUUUCCUUUUUGUGUUCAUUCAGUCAAUUUAUACACAAUAUAAAUUUUAGUGGCAAUGCUCCUGCGCCAACUUGACAAGUGAUUAACCAUAUUAAACACAGCCAUAUUACUCUAAAGUGUCAAAAUUCAUUCUUGCAUUCAUCACGUGUGCACGUGCACAGCUUCUGACGGAACAUCUAAGAGCCAAUGAGAGUGAUAAUUCCAUAUUUGGAAUAAAACUGACCAAUCAAAAUGUGCAAAUUUUAAUACAAUAAAUAAAGCAUGCUUCAAUCAAGCCACUUCAUUGCAAAGCUAUUCAAACGCCUUACCCACCCACCUCGUCAGGUCAGAUGGUAUGCAUGCAAACAUUGGAUUUAAAAGGAAUACCUGGAACACUUGUGCUACUUCUUAGAAACAUUGCAAACAUUGGAGAACAUUGCUUUUCCGGCCGCAAACAAUACUAAGCACAUAUCAACUGAAAAACUAUAUAUAUAUAUAUAUAUAUAUAUAUAUAUAUAUAUAUAUAUAUAUAUAUAUAUAUAUAUAUAUAUAUAUAUAUAUAUAUAUAUAUAUAUAUAUAUAUAUAUAUAUAUAUAUAUAUAUAUAAUAAAGUUCAUAUGAAGUAAUUCAAGUUUGUCUUCUAAUCUUAUAGGGCCUAUAUAUAUACAGUAUAUAUAUAUAUAUAUAUAUAUAUAUAUAUAUAUAUAUAUAUAUAUAUAUAUAUAUAUAUAUAUAUAUAUAUAUAUAUAUGUACUAUUUAAAGCACGCGUAUGAGUGUUUUAUCACAUAUAAAACACGACGCGUAGCGGAGUGUUUUAUAUGUGAUAAAACACGACUACAAGAGCUUUAAAUGGCUUAAAAAACGACUCAGCUUAUACGAGUUGAUUGGCGAAGUAAUUUUUAAAAUAAACUUUGUCUAAACCGAGAAAAUCAAAGUUAAAGUUUAUGUAAAUUAACAUGAUUUUAUAUCACAUAUAUAACCACGACACGCUUAUGAUUUUUCUUUGUGUUUUGCUUCUGAAUUAUUAAUGAGUUUUUUAAAUAUAUAUAUAUAUAUAUAUAUAUAUCCGAGAAAAUUUUUUAGGUCCAAAAUUAUCAUUAUCCAAAAUUGCCCCUGGAAGUCGGUGCCCCCCCCGAUCUUUUGAUGCUUCCUAAAGGCCGCUCCAUUUACAGUUCUAGAACAUUUGGAACCAUGUUCAGUUCUGGAACGAUAUGAAAUGGAGUGCACACGGUGUUCUCGAACAGUGUUAAGUUUAUUAUAUAUGCGUGCAACCAUGCAUUAUUAUAUUCAUUAAUUAUUUGCAUAACAAAUCAUAUAAUGAUUUCCUGUUAUUUGUAUAUCCAUUUAAGCAUGCUUUUGCAAGGUUUUUACUCGUCGAUUUUGCCCGCAACCCAGCAUUCAAACACCAUAUAAUAAGUAUAUGUCGAUAUAUAGCGGUUAACCCUUCAAAAUAACACUCUAUGCAGCGUGCAUUGGAUACACAAAAUUUGUCGCCUCCAUUUUCAUUCGCGUGAAAAUGGGAAGUGUCACGUAUUCUGUUCUAGCUGCCCCUACUUUGAAGUUGGGGCAGUCACACAGUUCAGAACAAUCAUGUAAUCGUGUUCUGUUUUAUUCCAUUAGUUUUCCCAAAAUCCGGAGUACUCCGAACAGUAAAUGGAGCAGCCUCAUAUAGGCCCUGGGUUUUGCGAUGGGUGGAAGCGAGAGCCUUUACAUACGUUUCCGUUGACAAUUCAAGAGUGCCACAAAGACAGCCAUAUAAAAUACCAUUUUAGUCCGCGAUAGUCGAUAUUGUUAAAACGUAAAAUAUAAGUUACAAAGCAGUAAACACAUACGUAUACUGUUGAAUUUUAAAAAAAUUAGGGUUAUAGUGAAAACUUGUUCACGUGUUUGAAAAUUUUAGCGGGCAACGAAAAUUCCUCGCGCAGGUCGCAAGGAUUUACAUAAAUCGUGUUUUUUAGGCUGUACUAACUGUAGGGAGCCGCUUUAAGUUGCGUUGUUUACUCGAGUGAUCUUUUGGAACUGAGUCCAGUUCAUUCGACAUUGGUGGUGUAUAGGUAUAUCUUACUAAAGUUAAAGCAUGAGCUCGACCUUUGAAUUUACUACAUGAGUAAAUUGUUAAAAACACGUCCGAAAUUAUCAAUGCAAUAAAUUCGCGACACGUGUUGAGCCCUAACCCUAAUGUUAUCUUAAUCAACCCUAAUCUAAUCUUAAUCUGACACUAAUCUAAACUUGGUGACUUUUUUUAAUAAUCGAGGUCGAGCUCAUGUUGCAGCGCUUAAUAUAUCGGUUAUAUCCAUGUAUAUCAAUAUAUUUUAAUUUCGUAUUUUUAAUCUUAGCAAACAUGUUAUUACAAAAAGCUCUGUGUAUUACACAAAGCAAUCAACCAAAGUGGUGGCAAAAAAAUUUAGAACGACUUGCACAAAAACGGGCUUUUGGCUGGCACGUCGGAUACGGUGUAGGUAAGUGUAAAUUAAACACGGUUCUGUUUGAAUACCAGAUAAAAGAGUUAGUAUAUGUUAUACCAGAAAUCAGAAUAGAUGCAUUGGGUUAGGAUUAAACUACCUGAAAAGUACAAUUAAAACUUAACGUUUCGAGCGAAGACCCUUCGUGGGGAAGUUACUAACACGACGUACAACUUUGCAUAUUUACAAGAGCGUAGAAAUGAAAUAUUGCAUUGGCGACGAACUAUUUUCUUUGCCUUUUUAUAACACGUCGAAAACACUUGGUAUUUCAUGGCUGGCGUAUAAUAUGAUUACAGUGAGAAGGAUUUUUGUAGAUGGAAAUUUCGGGCGGAAGAUUAUUUUCAAUUUUAGUCCUUAUUAUAUUCAUUUUGAGAUCAACGGUGUUUCCUGCAAUCUGAUUGGUUCACAGGAGUGCGAUUUCAGUGCGAAUCGCACUCCAAACCACGCCUUACGUCAUCAUAGAUUUGACGCUGAAAUUGAUUUCAAUCAUAUCACAUGGAUGCAUGGCCAGAAUCACAGACAUGAUGUAUUCUACUUCCUUCGAAUAUCAUAAAUAGGUUGUUUGCAACUUGCCUCAAAAUCGCUGGCUGCGAAACAAACUCUGUCGAAGUAUUUAGUGUAAUUUUUGCCUGAUUUCAUGAGUUACUGCCUUCUCUGUAUUUUGAAAUUUGUACAGAGGUUAUAUAGUUUCAAGUCAUUCGUCUUUUUAACUCUAUAUACGAAUUUGAGUCCUGAUGUAUACAGAUCGUGUGCCAAUUAGUAUACAAGCGAUGGCCAUUUUAUCGUAUGGUAAAAUCCCCUCACAUUUGCCUGUUAUGAAUUCAUAAUUUGUCGCAUUAAAUUGCCCAAAGUCGCCGUAAGUCGCCCUUGAUUAAGUCGCCUUGAAUCGCAACUCAUUUUUCCUCAAAUUUCCUUAAGUCGCCCUAAGUCGGCGACGCAAUUUUUUUCCGUAGACAAUCGGACUCCUCAUUGAUAGUCGGACGCAUCUUUGACCUGCGCCCUUAAACAAAACAUUCAGCGGCUUCCCAGUGUAUUUUGCUCGCGCAAUUGGUGAUUCAAAAUAUUCUAUUGCUUGACAUCUGACAUAUUUUAUUAAGUUAUAUUCGCCAUUCCCACUUGCUUUUCUUUGCUUUUGUAACUCUUGGAGCGAUUGUAGAAUACCCAUCCAUUUUUUAUUCUACGCCUUUCAAACAUGGAUACGACUGUAUUAAUACAUCUAUAUUUAGGCUCAAUAGAUUAUAGGUAGCUCUAUAUUUUAGUAGAUACGCGGAUACGGCAUGGACACGCAGUCAACUAGUUAUUUUGAGAACUAGACAUUAAGGCAUAUACAUUUAGAUUAGCAAUUCUCAUGCUAUAAAUAGCUCCACAAUUUAAUGGAUAUGCGAUACGUGCGUAGAUACGCAGUCAAGUCGUUAUUUGGAGAACGAUGUAUGCAGUUAAGUCACGCACAGACGAGCAAUUUUUCCUUGAGAGUUUUUCCUUGACCAGUUUUAUUUGCUCGUCGGUGUAUAGCAAAAAAUUGACAAGUUUUUCUUGACAAGGAACCUGGUUCAAAAGCUGGUCAUGUCAGCUUUUCAAGCAGGAGAACUGUUCGUGUGUACGGCCGACCAGGAAAAAUUGACAAGGAAAUGCUUUGAUUUGAAGAUGCAGUAUUAAAGUUUGAUUCAUCUUCAGGCCUAUACAAUAUAGUAGAUAUAUAUACAUGAAGUAUUUGGACAUGUCGGCAACAUGCAGGCUCGUAAAACUGAUAACGGUCGGAGUCACGGAGAAAUUGAUCAAAAAAAUGUUUGUCGUGCACACGCGAGAAAAUAAACUUGACAAGGAACUUGUCAAGGAAAAAUUGCUCGUCUGCAUGUGCGGGGCUUUAGUUAGCAUUAAUUAAUAGAUCAAAUUGUCAUGCUAUUCUGGUUGCUCUAUAUUUUAGUGCAGUGGAUACGCGGAUACACAGUUAACUAUAGUUGUAGCUUUAUGCUUUAUGAAACUUAUUUUAGAGCGGGUGUUUUCAGGCAUGAUUCUAGGGUAAUCGAAGAAAUUGUCUGACAAUUAUUUCGCAAUAGUAUCAAUUCGCAAUAUUGUCUUAGUAAUUAGUUGGUGUAUUUUAGAACGAGGCAACAGAUCUGGAUACUAGUAUAUACGUAUCCAGUGAAAUAGUGGCCGGGCUACAUGAUACGAUAUUACUAGUGGACGGAAUUCUGCAAUACCGUACUUCCUUCUCUUCAAUUGGGAUUAUAUAUAUAGUACGCGCGGAGGCCUGGACCCUGAUCAAUGAUGCGUCCGACUAUCAAUGACGAGUCCGACUGUCUACGGAAAAAAAUUUGCGUCGGCGACUUUAGGACCCGAAGUAGACCUACACUACUGUCACUAGGAACAAAGAAGAAUGCAGAAUAUCUAUAGGUAAUCAUGCGAUGUUGCUCGUACAAUUAGGGAUUAAUAGUACUCGUGAUGUUUGGAAAUUUUGCCAAAAUUGGCAAAUUUCCAAACAUCACGAGUACUAUUAAUCCCUAAUUGUACGAGCAACAUCAACAGCUGGCCUCUGUAGCUCAGUUGGUUACAGCGCUGCACAAGAAUCGCAGGGCCGUAGGUUCAAUUCCUACCAGAGGACCUUGUGCUGCAUUUUUCGCAGUCGUUCCUGGUUAGGUCUUAAAACGUAUAUAUUCUCACUUGGAUUACAAACACUAACAUCCUAAUAUUAAUUCCACCAAGUGAAGUGCAAUAAUCUAAGUCAUUCAAGUCCACCUUGUUUACUAUUAGCAUGACAAAAUUGGAUACUUCUCAAUGUCAUCAUCAUAUUCUCUCGCCAACGCCCAGUCCUGCCAAACUAUCAACCAAAAUUUGGUGCUUUUGUUCGUAUUUUCAUUUAGUUCGUUUGUCAAAGCAACAUUUGGUGCUUUUGUUAGUAUUUUCAUCUAGUUCCUCUAGGGCAAUUUCAUUUCACAUUUGUAUUUUGUUAAAAUACCUUUCCGCCAUUUUGUUUGUUUUGGGAAAAUCCAGUAAUUUUGUCAUGCUAAUAAUAAAGGCAGUAACUCACCAGGCAAAAUUACGCUGAAUAUUUCUACAAACUAUGUUCUUGCAACCAGCUAUUGCAAAUUGCAAACAACCUACCGUAUUCUCUAAUUUUGCGAUUUUGACAGCAUCACGUAAUAUAAUUUACUGUUUAUUACGGAAGCCAUAUUUCAACGGGUUAUGCAUCGAUGACAUGCAAAUUACUAAGGAAAUACAAUAACCACGCCCGUCAUUUCUGGCCCGCAUGAUUUGAUUAUAUGAUUCACGAAAACCACGAGUUCACAGGAUGGCCGACAAAACAGAGUCACGAGAUUUUUGAUUUAUUCAUUAUUGGCACCUAUUAAAUUAACAUGACUGAAAUAUAUGUUUCUUAAUUUAUCUAGGAAUCUGUACUACACAGCCUACGAAUUAGCGUAUAAAAGUGUGGCAAAAUAUCGCACAAUUUAUGUGUGUAAAUAUGGUUACAAGGAAGUUUAUGGCAAAUGUGAACGUACGUAUAUAUAAUGUAUAUGUCGCUCUAAUAUAUGUCACAUGAAAAUUUCAAGUCCGCGCAUUGUUUAGAAACAUUUUGGUUAAUAUUUUCAGGAACAAAGAAUAGUAGCUUUUAAUGCACCCGAACAUUAUUAGUAAUAAUAUUAUUAAUCAGUAAUAACUAAUUUAGAUCCAUUGAUGCAACAUCCACUUUUCGGCAUAUUAAAAAUAACAAAAGGAAGACUGCAGAUGUUGGCCAGAGUCGACCAGAAUUGAUAACCAAAGACGUAUUUCGUUAAAUGCUGUUUCUAAAGUUCUGACUUCAAAAGUUCAUUCUAAGGAUAUUAGAAGAGCGAAUUCUUUUUGGGUUUUCAUCAACCUAUUUUCAAAAUUACCUAGCCUUUUUUGUACCCUUUUUUAUCACAAAUCGUAAAUAAUGUUGUAGUGAAUUAAUUUUGACCUACUCUUAAGACUUCAUUUUAAUUAAGACUUCAUUUUGAUCCAGUUUAAACACUGAAAUAAUUUUGAUCCAGUUCGAUGAUUGGAAAUCCAGUAUCAUCAUGACACAACAGUAAAGCAACAUGGUCGUUUAAUAACUUAUCAAAUCCUAAAGAAUAUAAAAUGAUUUACCCAAAACAUUUUGGGGGGCAAGAAGUUAUAGGGAAAAACGAGAUAGAGUACUUUACCAGGUUUCAAAGUUUCAAUGACUGACUUCUCAAACGUUGAAAUUUGAAUAUUAGUUUCAAAGUACUAUAGUACUUUGAGAAAAAUCUUAAAGUGUCCUGUAACGACCUUCCUCUAGUUUCAAUAUUAAAUAUUGAUCCUCUUUUGGUUCAUAAAUUAUUAGUGCGUUUGGGAAUAGUAUUUUACCACAUUUUUAUUAACGAAUUUUGUUUGUUUUUGAUAUUGACAGGUAGUUCGUACAACGGCGGCAGCAGCAGCGGAAACACCAACAACAACAACAACAACAACAAUAAUAAUAAUAAUAACAACAACAACAACAACAACAACAACAACAACAACAACAACAACAACAGUGGCAUGUGUAAGUAUUGGUGUGACGUCACCCUAUAUAUAUAUAUAUAUAUAUAUAUUCCUAUAUCUAUAUACCUUCUGUUAUGAAUCAUAUUUUGUAGGUAGUUUAUUAAUUGACUAUAUGGAUGUUUCUAUUAUUCUGAUUUAGCAUCUGGUGUCAAGAUUGGUAUUGGCGUAGGCUGCGGUGCAUUCGGUAUUAUUUUGUGCAUUAUUUGUUUUGUCUGUUUUAGUUAAUGAUGUUGUAAUUAAUUACGAAACCCUGCAUGGUUUUGAUAGCAUUGUGUUUGUGAUAAUAGAGAGAAAUGGUAUUAUUAUUCAUUGCACUAUUUUCUAGUAUACAAAGCCUACAGAUACUUUUCUGCAUCUCGGUGCAGACAUGAACAUGACAAAUAAAUAUCGUAUCUGUAAGUGCCAGCGUAUUUUUGCAUGAAUUGGAAAAGAGUGGGAAAUUUUGUAAAAUUAUUUUGUUUUGACAAUGGCUCUGCUGUUUCUGCUCGUUUUGAAUAAUAAAAUAAUAAUAAUAAAUAAUAAAAG